CAAUCAAUCUGGUUGUUGAUUGACCAACCUUAUAACCGACCGGUUUAAAAGAAAAGGGUUUAACCGACCAUCGUUUUGUUGUAAUGGUCGGCUUGUGAUUUAACCCGAAGAUUGAUAUAAGCUCUCGACGGGACGGCGAGUAUGGAGUUUCAUUGAGAGGAGUGAUGUCUGGAGUAUGGAGGAAGCUGUCGAGUGACUGUAGAGCUGCGCAGCCAUGGCGAACAAUCACUUCCCGUUCAUCUUCCUCCUCAGCCAAUAUAUCGGCUGCCGUCGACUCCAUGUUGCUCCGCUCCCUCAAGGAGCACUACCUCGACGUCUCCAAGAUGAACCCUCCGCCGAAAGUGAGCCCUCCGUCGGGCUUCACAGUGCUGAAGGGGGCGCUGGAUGGGAGUAACGGCCCUGUCCUCAGUCGGAGUUACGGCGACGAAGAAAUCAGUGUAUCUGUAAUGAGGUUGUCCAACAUAGUGCCCGGAGGCGGCGGUGACGGCGAUGGCGAGGAAGAGGAUGAUAUCAAUCAGCUGUUUCUUCAUGUGGAUGUCUCCAAACCUGACCAGCACAAGUCUCUGAAUUUCCUCUGCGGACUGUAUCCUGAUGCCCUGGGUAUUCACUCUGUUUCGUUGAGGCCCAAGCUUGAAGCUUCUGGCUUUUUUGAGCUUCCAUCCACGUACAAUGGCCCGGUUUUCGGGGACCUGGAUCAGAAGAUGAGAGAUGCAUUCCACGACUACAUCGACGAGCGAGGGGUGAACGAAGAUCUAUUCGCUUUUCUUCAAGCCUGGUUGUAUGUGAAGGAUCAUAGGAAUUUGCUGCGUUGGUUCAAGACAGUGGGUUCGCACAUUAAGGAAAAAUCGGUUACAGAAGAUACAUAGGCGCUGGAAUUAGCAUGCAGCAGGUUUAGUUAAAAACAUAAAUGAGUGAGUGAGUGGUUGAUUUACUGAUGAGUACUGCUCCCAGUUAGUAUCUUUUUGGAACUGCUCUUCUUGUAUACGGCGACAUUGAUCUUCUAGUAGGCCUAGAAUCGGAACUGGUGUUCAACUUACACAUCUUUUUUUCCAGAAAGAACACACUUGACUACAUUGCAGUUUCGUGUUCCGAACACCAUUCUGCUGCCUCGCAGUUUCAUCCUUCUCUCUUUCCGGCAUUAGCUUGAUUAGACAAGACAAUGACGCAAUUGCUCUUGCUGGGAGUAGUUGAGUUUACCAUGUUCGUUUACCAGAAUCCAGCAGGAUUGAACUAUUUAUCAUAUAAUUGGUAAGAUAUCAAUGUAGAAGUCUCCCAGACAUUAUUUUUUUCUUGUUCCAAUAGGAAACAAACAACAUUCUAUUCA